CUCAAAUUCAAAAGCGAGUCAAACGUUGUGUUGAAUGCAGUGUCGCUGUGACUGUCAUUUGAAUCAUCGCUCAAAACACUGUUUCCUCUGAUUGUGCUCUUCUUUGAAUGUCUUCAGACAUCACUUCCAUCGAUAUGAGCGACGAAGAGGUCGUUGAUAUGAUCGACGGCAGCGAUGGUCUCGAAGAGUCGCCUGAAAAGCUGUCGCAACAGUCCAUUGAAACGAUUACUCUCGAUGACGACGACGAUGUGAUACUCGAAGACAUGAGCGACGACUGCGAGAUCAUCGAAGAGUUGUCCUCGAGUUUGUCCAAUGAGGCCAUUGUCUGCAGUGAACUCAAUGGCCAGUCAUGUGUUGAGACCAGACAUGAACUCAAAGAUGAGGGCAAUAGUGAAGCGGAGAAUGGCGUCAAGAGUGAGGACAAAGUGUCUGAAAGCGUGUCCAAGAGUCCCACCAAACGACUGAUGCCCACAACACUGCCACUGCCCUCCACUUCCAACGGUGCGCCUAAAUCGGGUCCAUUGCCUCCCAAAGUGAUGCGAGUAUCGGCGCCCAUCGAGUGUAUGGUCAACGGUGUCUCGACAGUGGAUCCAAAGACUAUUUUUGAUCACUAUAUGCAGACAUUCAGAGAUCGUAUGACUGCUGCCAAUGCCGACCAGAAAGAGAUCGACGAAUACACGGGUGUCUUGAAUGAGUUGUUCCCAAAAAUAGAGGCCAUUCCUACCAACAGGUCCUUCUUGGAUGGCAAUCAAUACCGCAAACUCAUGAGUACGUUCACCAAAGAAGUGUCGGACAUGACUGCUGUCCAGCGCAUUGUCUCGCAUUACGACGAAUUGGUUCAGGAGUUGAAGCGAUUCACACGAAAGCCGCCCAAAGAUAUACCUAAAGUGAAGUCG